AUGAUGGCGCAGAAGACGUUGAAUGGAAAAGUGGCCCUUGUCACGGGCUCCAGCAGUGGUAUGGGUCGCGGCAUUUCCCUUGGUCUUGCGGAACAAGGUGCCAGCGUUAUCUGCUGUGAUCUGAAGCCAGAGGCCAAUCCGGCCGGGUUUGAAAAGGACCUACACAUCGCUACUGCCGACCUAAUCAAAAAGCAAGGAGGGGAAGCUAUAUUUUUCAAAGUCGACAUUUCCCAAAUGUCGGAAAUUGAGCAUGCUUUCAAAGAAGGUAUUGCGAAAUUUGGACGUCUAGAUAUUGCCAUCAACUGUGCAGGGUAUUGGGCACCUUUCCGAAAAUUCGCCGCUGAGGACGACGAGCUAUGGCAAAGGAUGGCUAACAUCAAUUUGCUCGGUACUGCGAAGUGUAACCGACUGGCCAUCCAACAGUUUUUGAAGCAAGAGGUCGAUGAAACCUGGGGCAGCCGUGGCAGGAUUGUGAACAUCUCGUCUUGCGCAGCCAAUAUUGCCUUCCCAUAUGAAGUGGCGUACUCGGCGACCAAAGCCGCCAUCAACCACAUGACUCGUGCAGGGGCAUUGGACCACGCUCAGGACUGGAUCAACAUCAAUUGUAUAGCCCCGGGUGUUGUGGCGACUGGUAUGGCCCGCCAGAAUUUUGAGGACGAAGAUAUCAUCAAACACAUGAAGAAAGCCACGCCGUGGCCUCGUUUGGGAACGGUCGAGGAUGUCACAGGUACAGCUAUGUUCUUGUGCAGCAAGCAGUCCUCGUGGCUUACGGGCCAAAUUUAUGCGGUUGAUGGUGGCAUGGCCCUCGGUGUGCCGCCUUGA